AUGUCUCGCAUAGGCCAGCCGAUACAUUUUUUGGCCGGUGGUUUUGCUGGCUUGACCAUUCGAACCGAGCUGCAGGAGAUACAAAGGGCGGAAUUAGGUCGCAAGGCUGGAAUCAAGGACAGACGUCCGCUCGAUCCUCCACCGGUGGCCUCAGCUAGCUUUUUCCGGGUCCAUGCAGGCGGCGCAGGCGUGACGACCGAAACCGAGAUUGAGAGCCCGGACAAAAUCAGGAUCGAAGGCUUCGUCUGCAACGUAGAUUUGUUUCCCGUACCGACAAACUGGCAUGAACGAGGCGGGCCGUCGACUGCCUCAUCCUCAUCCUCAUCCUCGCACGCUGUUAAUCACCCCACCACUGUAACACCGGCCUCUUACGCACAGAAAGCUACGCACCCGGAUAUACUGGCCUACGUAGGAGAACAUCCGUUGCGUGAAAGCUCAAUGUGUAGCGGGGACCUCGCCGGUGGUCGCUUUGUCGAGGCAAUCCGGCUCGACUACGGCGGGAAGAAUCGUACAUUAUUCCCCUUUCCUGACCUCUCUGUCAAGACUGAAGGAUUUUUCUGCCUUCGGUAUCGAAUCUUCGACAUUCUGGCGGCCGCCGAAGGCAAGGGUUCGAUACCUGUGUUAGCGGAAUGUUUCGGAGGCGUCUUCAGAAUAUACGGUUCGAAGGGAUUUCCGGGGUUGAAAGUCUCCACAGAACUAACGAAGCUGAUUGCCAUUCACGGGCAUCCCAACGUCAAGGUCCGACAAACGGAGCGCAAAAGGCGCAAAUUAUCGGAUCCGGGGCCAUCACGCCCUGCGCCUUGA